AAACAAAUUUAGCGAUUUAUUUUAAUUUAUUAUUUGCUUUUUUUGUUGAAAUUCUGAUGAUGCAUAAGUGAGAGAUGAUGAUAGCGGCUUCAAUGUAACGGUUUGAAAACGGAUCGUGAAAUCAUUUAAAACGUUCACCAAAAAACAAAAACAAAAAAAAAACAAAAGAAUACUUAACCUGCUUUGACUUUUGAUUAUUUGUGGUUUAAUAAGAAUUUUUCAUUUUAACAUUGAAAAAAUUAAAUUUGUUUAAAAUUUAACAAGAAAUUAAGGUGGUAAGCGUUAGCUAAGAAAAACCCAGCAACUGUGAAAGAAAAGACCCAUCCCAAGUUUAUUUCUUAAGUGCAAGAAGUGUUUAGCGAUCAUUAGCCUUGCAAAAUGGAUUAUAUCGUUAAAGCUUAUAAAGACUGGAAACUACACUCUCAGUUUCAAGAAAUAGUGCCCGAUAUGGACGACGAGUAUUUGUUUAAUGAAAAGCAAUCAAUACGCGAAUCUUCGCGUACGCUGAAGAAAUCAUAUGGUAGUACCACAUGCUGCAAUCACAUGAGAAACAAUGAAGCGUUGAUCCGGCACGAGAUUGAGAAGACGGAUACACUGCAGGGUAUUGCACUAAAAUAUGGCUGUACGACUGAACAGAUACGCCGCGCCAAUCGCCUAUUUGCCUCCGAUAGUUUAUUUUUACGUCAGUAUUUAUUAGUGCCGGUUGAGAAAACAUCACCAUAUUAUCCAAAACCAGAUGAAAAUAACAUCACACACACAACAGCAACUACUCCAGCUGAAAUAGAAAAUAACACAGCCAAUAACAUCACAGAUGCAACGAACAAUCCACGUCCAAAUGCUUUACCCGCGCGUCCAUAUUCAAUAGCUGGGGAAUUGCUUAUACAAAACAGUGAUGAUGAUGCAGCACUGAAUAAUCACAAUGGUACUACUGGUGGCAGCAAACAGAGUAAAUCAUUAGAUUCUGUAGCAGCAAUGACACCUGAUGAAGAGAAUCGAAAAUGUAUAAAUGAUUUUUUAAAUAAAAUUGAUACAACCAUAUCGGAAUCAAGAAAAUAUGUUGAGAAAUCGAAAGAAAUGAUAACAAGUCAAAGCGACAAUGACCUGUUUGUAACCACCGAUUUUGUGGAGCGUAGACGCAAUAAUAACUUAAAUAAUUCAUAUAAAAAUGAUCGACAGAAUCAUCAAAACCAUCAACGUCACAGUUCAACUGGCAGCACCUCAGAUACGGCGCAAUUGCUGAAUACCACGCAAAUGAGACGUGUACAGAAUUCACUUAAACGACUGGAAAAACAACAGGAUGAAUUCUUUGAAUUGUAGCAUAAGGCAAUGAACGUUACUUAUUAUGAUUUUAUAAGAACUAAAUAUUUUAAUACACAUUACAAAUACAAAGUAAAAAUAUGCUAAAAACAAAAUAAGUGUAAACACUAAACAACACACUCAUUGUUUUUAGUUGCAAAUCACAUAAAAUUUGCCUUUAAGAAUUAUUUAUAUAUUAUAUACCAUUUAG